AUGUCGCUGAUGACGAACGGGUGGCGAGAUGAGAAAUACUUUGCCCUGUACACGUUCGCCGCCCUCAUCAUCCUGCUCAACUGCUGGUUGUUCAAGAUGAACGUCUGGCUGAUGCUCUUUUAUCAGCAACAAUUCGGGCUGAUGCACACGUGUACAGUAUCUUCCAUCGUAUCCGGGAUCAAGCCUUUCGUUAAUGCGGUGGUGAUCGCGCUUUUUAUCAUGAACAUCAGCGCACAUUAUCGACUAGUGAAUACGGUGGAUACGGUGGAUCUGUGCUUCCGUGCUGCCUUCCACACGACUCCCCCAAUCCGUCUAUACUCCCUCAUCUUUUUCUUCGUCUCCUUCGCCUUCUUCCUCGGCACGUUCGCCCUCUUCUGCGUCGAGUUCAUCUCAUUUGGCAGCAGCCUCGGGACGGCGGCCGACGCGUCAUUCCUGAUCGUGCCGAUGCUGUCGCUAUGGAACAUUGUCCCGCUGUUGUAUUACGACAUGUAUAAUCGGAUCGUGCGGUUUUACUGCCGGGUGCUGAUCAGCUCCCUCGACAAGGAGCACCACAAACGCCAUUUUAGCCUGAAAUUCUACUACGAGCAAUUUUUGAGGAUCACCAAUGUGCAGGAAGCCAUUGGCGCGCUAUUCAACCCGUUCGUCUUCUUCUCGUUGGCAUGGUCGAUGGCGAUUUUGUGUUUGACGAUCUAUUUCUUAACGCAGCCAGCUUCCACCUUGGUCGACCCAAUUUCUCCUGAAUUCCACAAGAAGCCCGGGAUGGUGGAGCUGCUCAACAAGAAGGUGGCGUUCGCCCUGGGCUGGAGUUUGAUACAGGUAAUCGUGGCCGCGCUGAACAUCCUGGUCAUCUGCUCGGCAGGGAUGCAGACGAAUGAAACGACCCGCGAAAUUGUCGACCACGUGCUCCGGAUCGUCCCCGACGCCAACGCCGAUCUCGACCGGUUUCAGAUCUCAUGCUUCGUACACAAGAUGACGACGCAAUUCAUGUGGGGCAUGACGGUGUGGCGGGCCUUUUUGCUGCAGCGGACUACGUUUUUUACGCUCGUCUCGGUGAUCAUCACCUAUGCCUUCCUGCUGCUGAAGCUCAAGGAGAACCCCGAUUUGAGCCCGAGAACUUUUCCCUAUCACACGAUCACCAAUCACACGAUGGCUACGGUAGCCACUACGAUGAUGCCG